AGGGCGCUGAUGUAAACACAAAAUACGCCUCAAAUAGAGAUUAACCCAAAUAGCCUCGCUGAUCGGGAAGCGGUCUGUCUGCGUCGUGUGUAAUAUGUGUUAGAGCGCAGACAGGCGACGCCAUGGACUUCUACAUCAAUCUGAAGGUGAAUUUCAGGGGAAAUUCGAAGAAUUUCCUCCUGUCGGGAACCGAGACCAAGAGCUGGGAGUCGAUGGAGGCCAUGGUGAAGCGUUCCUAUGGCCUGUGCAGCCUUCAGCUGACCUAUCUGGACGAGGAGAACGAGGAGGUGUCCAUUAACAGUCAAGUCGAGUAUGAGGAGGCAUUAAAGAGUGCAGCAAGGCAGGGGAAUCGAUUGCACAUGAAUGUGUAUGAGACUCGAGGCCAGCCGGCAAGAGUCCCCACCAACAAGGCCAGUGGAGCAGAGCCCAAGAAGGGCUUCAGACCUCCACAGCACUGCCCAGCCCUGGCCCAGGUGGUCAGCCGCAAGGUCCAGGCUGCAGUGCCAGAACAGGGCAUGGUGAUCAUGAAAGAAGUGAAAGGCACCAAAGAAGAAGACAAGACUCCUCCUGCCUGGUUCACCUCUUACAUGGAGAAAUUUAAGGACCAGGUGGUUCGCGAAGCGGUGGAGAAAAUCUGCAGGGAGUUUUCUGGACAGUGCUGCAUCCACAAGCCACUGGGAGGAGGGGGAGGAUCAGGGGGAGCUGGAGGAGGUAGAGGGGAAGCAGUAGGUGGAGCAGAGGCCCAGCAGGUUCCUGAGGUGUCCUCCACCCUGCCUGGAGCCCCAUCUUCCUCCACCCCUCCCUGCUCCUCCUGCAGGGGACAGACCACUGGAGGAGGCUACCAAUGCAGUGUGUGCACUUCCUGUACUCUGUGCGAGCCCUGCAGUUUCUCUCAUGAUCCCAGCCACAACCUGGUGAGAGCCAGGACUCCUCUGUCCAUUCCAGAACAUGGAUCACCUGCUCCUGACCACAGCAAGUUCUACAGGCGAGGGGACCGCAGUUUCCGGAAAGCUGAGAAGCAGCGGCUGAAAGCAGAGAAACGUCUGCUGAAGGCUGAGGUCAAAGAAAUCCGCAAACAGCUGAGGAUGGAAAGGCGGGGCAUACAGUGGAGCUCCUCCCACAGAGAUGGAAGCUCCUCCCCAGUCCUACUGCAGCCUCGGGCCACCCAGCACAACAGCCCAGAGCGUCCAAAACGUCCUUGUCCCCUGGUGGUUCCAGCCAUGACGGCUGCAUUUCUGGACGAGAACCUUCCUGAUGGAACCCGAUUGCGUCCUGGGACCAAGUUUAUUAAAUACUGGAAAAUGAGGAACACUGGAAGUACUAGCUGGAGCACUGAUACUAAGCUGAAAUUCAUGUGGGGAAACUUGGCAGUGGGAUCUGGGGACCGUUGGAGAGAAGUGUCUGUUCCCUUCCUUCAGCCAGGACAGGUUGGUAUAGUGAGCAUAGCUCUGUGUGCACCUGCCUUGGAGGGCUCCUACACCUCCCACUGGCGUCUGGCCCACGCUGGAGAGCAGUUUGGACCGAGGGUGUGGUGCAGCAUCGUGGUUGACCCUCUGGCCCCUGCACCUAUGCUGGCUGAUGGGAUACUGGUGUCACCCUGUGUCACGCCACAGGGUAAGAACCCACUGGCAAAGGAUGGAAAAGCCUGUGUAGGUUCUAGGGAACAAGCUUUAAUGUCCGUGGACCAAGAAGAGUACUACAUUCCCUCUGUAGACCUCCUCACUGCACAGGAUCUUCUAUCUUUCGAGCUGCUGGACAUCAACAUCGUCCAAGAGUUGGAGAGUGUCCCAAACAACACCCCUGCUGUUGGUAGAAGCCACGCCUAUGCAGACAUGACUCCCUGCAUGUCCCCUCUUCCUCAAAAUGGCCACCUACAGCACAAGAGCAGUCCCUCUUUGGGUCUGAUCCAGGAAGAGACAGAAGUCAUCAAUAGUAUCAUGGAGGUCCCCCAUGGGACAGUCUCUGAAGCUGAAGGGGGUGGAGUCCCAGCUCAGGAGGAAGGGGAGGAUGACAUCAGUGGGACUCACUUUGUUUGUGAGACUGUGAUUCGCUCAAUGACCCUGGAGGAGGCCCCUGACCACGCCCCUCUGAGAGGGUCCUGCCCGGGGACAGUGGCGUGUCCAGCUGCUCAGGGCAGCUCCUCCUCCUGUGUGAAGAGUAAAACAAUGAAAGGAGAGGAGACCCCAGACAGUAACCCUGGCAGAUCCAACAACACCCUGAAACCACCAGCUACACUGAAGGCUUCCCUCCCCUCCCCACUGAAAGCCUCCCUGCCUGCUCCCAUGUCUGUGGCUCCAACCCCAGGGCCUGGUCCCAGCUCAGCACCCACCCUGCUCCACGCUUCAGCUGGUGCCUCCACACUUCAGGAGAACACAGCCACAGAUGAGGCUGAAGAGUCCCACAUGAAGAGCAUCUGUGUGGAGCCCAGGGUGAAGGAGAGAGAGAAGGAGCCAGAGGACGAGAAGGAGAAAGAGGGAGUGGACAAGAGAGAGGGGACAAGAAGUCGCUCUUCCUCCACCUCUUCAGAGGAUUACAUCAUAAUCCUCCCUGACUGCUUUGACACCAGUCGGCCACUGGGGGAGUCCAUGUACAGCUCUGCUCUGUCCCAGCCUGGUGACAUCCCCGUCAAGACCACCACAGACCCAGAUACUUCAUCUUCUGACCCCCCAGUCAGUACUGUGGAGGGGGAGCAAGGUGAUGCGAAUGAAGCCACUGCAGCUCCAGGGACAGAGUUGUCGGGUACCAGUAGUGCCAAUGACAUGCUGUGUACAUCUCAGACAUUGGAUGAUGAGCCACUCACACCUGAAGUGGUGGCACCACCUAAAGCCAUUUUCACACCAAGUCCAGAGAGCAGUGGAGAAACAGAUGUUGAUGCUGCUGCUGCUGGGGAAGGAACAGAGGGCUCUGAACUAUACCAAAAUGAGUAUGCCUCUGGUCCCAAACAUACUCAGACAGAUGAUACUGAAGCUACUGAGGACAUAGAGGACAACCCUAAGGACCCCAGGCACCCAGGUAUCACCAGCGGCCUGGUGAAGGGAGCUCUGUCAGUAGCUGCUUCUGCUUACAAAGCCCUGUUCACUGGACAAGGCCCCACACAGCCUCCAGUCGAUGCGUCAACCCAGGACACCAUGAUGGCCGUGUUGGUGGAGAUGGGCUUUGGGGACCGGCUGCUGAACCAGCGGCUGCUGAAGAAACACAACUAUAACCUGCUGGACGUGGUCAAUGAGCUCGUUCAGAUGACCGACAAUGACUGGUACUCCACACACUACUGACACAAGAAAUGAAGUCAUGAAGAAGGACGAAAAAAGGAGACAGAGAAGAAGAAUGGAUGAAGAAAGAGGAGCACAGAUGGGAAGAGAGACAUUCAUUUCUGCUCAUCUACCUUUUUACUUUCAGUCCUUCUGCCCAUCUCUCCUCUGACUGGUCCAAUCUUCUCUAUGACUGGGACCUCUGUUAUCAUGAAUUAGACCAUCAGAUACCACCUGUCUGUGGUAUUACUUUCAGUGUAGGUGCUUUCUUUGCUUAUCAGUUUAAGAGAGUUGACGAAAGAGAUAUGUUUAGAACAAGAGGAGAUUCACAUCACAGUUCACUUUGUACCAGGACAGUUAAGUCUUACAUUCCACGUUGAAUUUAUUGUAUAUUUUUGCUGGAUACUAAACAGUGUUAAGUUCUGAUAUAGCCUACUUGCUUUUAAUGAGACUUUCCUGGGAGAUUGAGUGUUGGUGGUUUGGCUCUGAUCUGUUCUGCUGCCCACUCACACCCGAGGAUGGCAAACUUUUCUGCAUGUCCUACCACUACUAUCACUACUUGCAGGGCUCGUCAAUAAACUACUGUAUCUGGUGAGCUAAUGACUUAUUAUGUCACAACAGCUUCCCAAGCUAAUGGGACAUCAAAUUUGCAUGUUUAAGUUCACCACAGUUAAACGUGAUGCAAAAGUUUUACCUGGAUUUAAUUACAAGUGAAUAAACUGACUACAGAAUUUCCAUUGAAAUUAACUGUCACUGCAAAAUGCUGGUGUGACUGAGCCUGAAGAUUUUAGGCUUGGGUUUGGUCCAGGUUUGGUUAUUUUCAAAUUUAAUGUAAUUUCUUAAGAAAUUUCUCUCUCUUUCUCUCUCUCACUGUGCCAUCCUCUGCAUUCAUGCUUUCAUGCAUGUCAGAUGUUUCAAGUAGAUUCACAAUGCCCAAGAGUGUUGCCAAUGCCUAGUAAUAGCCAGACAAGCCAACAAAAGUAAUAGUAGUAAUAGCUCAAAUAAACAAAACAUAGCUUUGGUUCUUUGGUCUGGGUCACAAAAUUUGGCAAUGGUAGUUGAGAGAUAUGGGUACCAGACAGGUUCAGGUCUCUGUUUGGGCCUGUGCAGAACUAAUCUGAUCAUUCAGGUUAGGGUUGGUCAAAAUGUUGAUACAUGACAACAUAAUAUAAAUCUGUCACCAUAACAUUUAUACCUAGGUAUCUUUUCAUUUUAAUAUGUCUCGUUUUAUUAGGCAGUUUAUUGUGGGCAGUGUUGCAAAUCAUUAGCAGAACUGUUUUGUGACAAUAUUAGAUUUGUAUGUCACUUGUGAUAAAUGUGAUGAAGUCUCUUGUUUUGUCAUCACUGUAUUAACAUUUCCAUCAGGUGUUUUAUGUGUGACACACAUGUUAAUUAUCAGUUAUGAAAAACACUUUACAUAUGCCAUGAUAGGAGAUAUCAUCCACCUUGCCCACACCUAAUUACAUUAAGUAGAUAAGCAAGUAAGCCAUUAGCAUUGGAGUCACAUAUCUACACAUUCAUGUUUGUACAAGGUGAUUAUCUAUGCUCAUGUAUGUCCAAGUGUCUUAAAUUUUGGCCGCAUUUUUAUGAAUAUUUAUUUUGUUAGUUUGUUUGUUUAUUUUUGUUAGUAUCACUGGAGAAUAUAUACACAAGUUACUGUACCGUGUGUGUAACCAGCUGUAGAUGAGUAGAUGACCACUGAAAGCAGAAAAACAUUCCCCUACAUGUCUAAACGUAAAGUUACAGGACACAGGGACCAUUUAUUCAACAUAAAAUGUAACUGUUUCCUACAAUUGACCUUCACUUCUUUCACGAAUUGUUGUCUUGAUGGUCAAACAACUUCCCUGAUGUUGUUUGUUGUCCUGAAGAUGCUAGUUGAUUUUCUGUGUCCCAUGAACCCUGUGGUCAGACUGAAGGUCUCAGUGUGCUUCAAUGAACUAGUUCGUUCAAGCCCUUUGAAACCUUUUCAUAUCUUGCUGAUUGCAGGAUUAAUUGUGCAUAAUUAUCACAUUGUCCAUUUUUUUAAGUCAGACUCUUCCAUUCUGCCGUACGACAGGAGAUCUCAUCUGGUUUGGUUGAUUUGAAACAAACACAUUUGACUGCAGGCUGGUAGGCAUGAAAACUCCGGCUAAACAACCCCAGUCCAGUUUCAAGUGACCUCUGCUGUUCAUUUGUGAUGUGAAAGGAAAACAGACCAACCACAGCAAUUAAGAGUUAGAUAUGGGCUUUAUGGGCUUUCAGCAUGUAGCAAAUAAUUUGAUAAUCAUGGUAACACAUGCACUUCAACAUGUGUGUUUGUGGAUUUUCUGUGAUUGAAGAAAAUGAAAACCAGUUACACAGAAAUGCAUGUCCAUUCCUUUAAAAAGUGAAAAAAAUAGGUGAAAUCUAGAGGCUGUAAUAUUGUGGUAAAUAGUGUUUCUUUUACAUCGUAUUUCUACACGUUCAUAUUGAUGAUGAUCCAAUGAAUUCUUAGUUUGAAGCAUACAGAGGACUGAAGUUAAAAAUGCUUCACUCACUGUCUUUCUCUUCUAAAAUCACACAGGACACAGGUCUUUACAAAAGACUGCUUAAAGUGGCUGUUAAGUUGAGUUGGAUGGGGUACAUUUAGUGACUUCAAACAGCUCUGCUGGGUUGAAUCCCUUCAGCAGAGCUCAUUCAUGUACAUAUCAUUUGUUCUGUGCUUCUUCAGAGUGGUGAGGUGAGGGAGCUGAUGUUCUUCCUUUGGCCCAGCACAUUAAGAAUAUGUACAGUAUGGUCUUUCCAAACUUUAACUGGAAUCAAACAGUGUGUAACAAUGUGAAAUGUGUGUUUGUUUUUUUUCCUUUACAAAUGUGUGAAUACAGAAUCACCUAUAGUUGGAAGCAAUGACUGUCAGUUAACUUCAUGAGUUAAAGUUAAGAACUGAGAUUGCUUCAGGUGUUUUUUUUUCUUUGAAUGCUUGAAGGCUGAUUGGAAAUAUAAAACUUUAGAGCUUUGGAUGUUGUGUUUUCAGGCUUUUUGUGUGGUGGUUGAAUUUGCUCUCCUGUAUGUGUGUUAGUGUUAUCUUUUGUAGGAAAUGUUACCAGAUUGAUUGAAUUGAUUGUCUUGAUUGAUUGUCUUUUUGUUUCCACAUGAGAGGACUUGAAGGAUUUGUGGUUGGAGUUGAACAAAUGGUUUAAUAAAACAGCACUUGUUGUAGGAUUAUGAUAAAUUGUGUGCAUACCUGAUACCAGUAUCAGAUUUUGCACAGAGACGCUAACUGUGUAUUUUUGUUUUUGUCUGCAAAUUCAAAUAAAAACUGCUGUCUUUAGAAAACUAUAGACACUAACUCUGCAAUGAAAUGAAGGAAUACUUGAGUGUUUAUAUUCACACAAUUUCCACUCUCAUGUCUGUACACUAAAUAUGAACCUACCAUUGCCUUUAGCUUAGCUUAGCAUAAAGAUUGGACAUGGCAAAAUAGCUAGUACAGAUCUGUCCACAGGUAAGAAAAUCCACCUCCCAGCAGCUCUACAGCUCAGUAGUAAGCAGAAGUCACUCUGUUGAACCAAGAAAUAGCCCAGCACAUACCCUGUG